GCAGAGCCGGGCCCGGGGCGGCGGCCGAGAAGAGUCGGGGGUAGCUCUGCUCCCCGGCCAUGCCGGAGGUGGAACAGCGGGGACACACGGCCGCCUGCCCCUGUCAGGCUCCUGGUGGUGCGAGCACCGGUGUCCCCGCAUGAGGGCGUUUCGAGAGACUGCGUUGGGGGAAAUUCCUAAUAAACGAGGAAAAAGAAAGACGGCUUGUGAUUGUGACACACAACUACUCUUAUUUCAUCCGGCGGUGUGAGGGAGGCAAGCCAAACAAUGGAAUCACAGAAUAUCCCGAGUUGGAAGGGAUUACACGGAUAAAGUCCUGAGUGGACCUUGCUGGCCGUGGCCCCAGGGCUCGGUGGCUCACCCGGGGAAGGGCUGAGAAGCUGCUCAGGGCAUCCCUGCCCCGCUCAAUGCCAGUGGGGGCGAAAAUCUGACCCAGAUUUGAAGUUUUUAAAUUAAAUCAGCCCUAAAGUUAAGCUGGGAGAUGCGCAGGGUGGAUGAAAGACGGCAGAGCCCGGCAGUUCCUGGGGGGCUGCGGAGCGGGGGCUGAGGGCGGGCGAGACUCGCCUUUGUGCGCGGAGCGAGGGACGGAGCAGCAGAGCUCGGCCGCAGCGGCUUUAAUCCAGGCGGUCGGGUGAUUAUUUAUUUAUUUCCACGGGGCGGUUGAGUGGAAGGCUGGAUUUACCAAGGCACGGAGCCUCCCCGCCCCUGCCGCGGCGGCGGCGGCGCUCCGAGCGAGGGUGGUGCCGCUUCCCGGGGCUGGAACACGCCUUCCCGGGGGCUGAGCGCGGCUUUCCCGGGGCUGGAGCACGGCUUCCCUGGAGCCGGAAUACCUCUUCCCCGCGGCUGCCAGGCGGUUUCAGCCCCGUUUCGCUGCUCGGUGGAGCUGAUGGCUGCAGCCCACCGCUGCACAGGGGUGUGUAAACUUGGUGGAACUCGGGCUUUUUGUGUGAAAACCUCCCCUCCCGUCUCGGCGCAGCGAACAUGCCUGAGCAGAGCAAUGAUUACAGGGUGGUGGUGUUCGGAGCAGCGGGGGUCGGCAAAAGCUCCCUGGUCCUGCGCUUUGUGAGGGGCACUUUCAGGGAAACCUACAUCCCCACCAUCGAGGAUACGUACCGGCAGGUGAUCAGCUGCGACAAGAGCAUCUGCACCCUGCAGAUCACGGACACCACGGGCAGCCAUCAGUUCCCUGCCAUGCAGCGGCUCUCCAUAUCCAAAGGGCAUGCCUUCAUCUUGGUGUACUCCGUCACCAGCAGGCAGUCCAUGGAAGAUCUUCACCCCAUCUUCGAAGAGAUUUGUCAGAUCAAAGGCGACAUCCAGAAAAUCCCGAUAAUGUUGGUGGGGAACAAAAGUGACGACACGCAGAGGGAGCUGGAUGCCAGCGAGGGGCAGGCGCUGGCCAGCAAGUGGAAGUGUGCCUUCAUGGAGACGUCAGCCAAAAUGAACUACAACGUGCAGGAGCUCUUCCAGGAGCUCUUGAAUCUGGAGCAGAGGAGAACUAUCAGUCUCCAGGUGGAUGGAAAGAAAUCCAAACAGCAGAAAAAGAAAGAUAAACUGCAAGGCAAAUGCUCUGUAAUGUGAUUGCCUUUGGCUGGACUUGCUGCACGGCACAGCUGGAGCGUGGACUCCCACAGAAAACACAUUUCUGCUGGAGAUUUUGGAGGAAUCCACGCCUUGCGGGGUUGUUGCUUUCCUCUAAAAUCCCUGCUGGGUAAUUGUAUGUGUUGUUUUUAAGGAGGAUGGCUUCUGCAUGUUUAUUUUUUUAAACCAAUAAAUGUUCCAUGUUAGCAAUUACCUAUGACUAGAAGUUUUUAAUGUAAGAAGUUUUCCAGAGGGGAAAAAAUGUCUCUCAGAACAAACCUCUCUAUUCAUGCCAGUUUUUAAACAUCUCCAGCCUGUUAACUCAGAGGAAAUAAUCUAUAAUGUGUAGAGUCAAAUUGUUUUCAGGAAUCUAUUGACCAGAGCAAAUCUGUAACAAAGUGAGGCAUUUGCUCUAAAAAUGAA